UAAAGCUUUUAAAAUAAAAAAAAGUAACUACGAUUCCCGAAUUUCCUUAAGACCGUCGGGGUCCCUGGCGCUCGGGAGGGGAAGGUCAGCUGAGCGACAACAACAACACUCGGGCGACGGAGCUGAAGGGAAGAAGCAUUCUCUAGUAGAAAAUGGCAUCAGGUUAUUCACGCCUCGGAGGAGACGAUGCGGGCGGAGGAAGAAGAGGAGGGCGAGGAGGCGGCCAGAGAUCGUACGGCACCAAUGACCCGGAUGUGGGAUUUGCCCCCAGUGAAGGCAACUCGACUGAAUUCUUCCAGGUUUGUGAUAAAAUUACAACUCAUCUUUUUACAAUCAAUGGUGCUGUGACAACUCUGGAGCGUUCCUUGAAACAAGUGGGAACAAGUGGCGACAACCAGGCACUUAGAGACAGAAUCACAAAGACAAACAGCAAUGCUGGAGGCUCUGUGCAAGACGUAGCCACACUCCUGCGUACUCUCCAGCCCUUAACACGUGGCAACAAGCAGAGGCGCAUCCAGACUGAGAGACUACAGAAUGAAUUCCAAACUGCAGCAACACGCUUCUCUGAAAUUCAAAAGAAAAUGGUCAACACACUGAGAACAGCACGGUUGCCGGCUGACAUGGUGGCUGUGGAGCAAGAUGCAGCCUCAGCAACGACAGAAGAGAUGAUAGCCAGAGAGCAGAAGAGACAAGCGCAAUUGAAGGAAAUAGAGGACUUGGAAUUUGAAACGGCAAUGCAGUCUGAGCGGGAGGAACGAAUGCGUGCAAUUGAAGUUGACAUUAUCGACAUUAAUGAAAUCAUGCGUGACCUGUCAUCCAUGGUCACGGCACAAGGCGAAGUUAUUGACUCAAUCGAAGACAAUGUCGAGACGGCACAUGGAAACGUGGAAGAGGGACGAGAGCAGUUACUGAAGGCUUCCACUUACCAGAGCAAGUAUCGUCGUAGAGUCUGCAUCCUCAUCCUCAUCCUGGUCAUCAUCCUGGCAAUUGUUGGCAUCAUAAUUGGCAUCCACUAUGCAACCAAGAAUUAGCAGCUGACUGGGUGCUAGAGUGACGUUUUUUAUUGAUUUGUCACAAAGUCAACAGGUUGAUGGAGUCUCUGUCGGCCAAGAUACAUUCCAUUUGCAGAUACAAGUAAAUUUAUUUGUUAUAUAUGUAUGUAUUUGUUUUUGUUUUUUCUUUUUUUUUUCAUUUAUAUAUGUACAUCCCAGAGAUGCUAUCUAUAGAGUUCUAGUCACAAUCUUAGACAAACUGAAACAAAAUCUGUAAUCUUAAUUUUCACAAAUUAAACUAAUAUUGCCUAAUUGAUUAUGAGCAUUGUUAUAAAUAGCUUAUGAUUAUAUUUGGAACCCAAGGCUCCUUAAAACCUUACCUAGCUUUUUUUCUGCGGGGACAGAAUUAGGAUAUAGUGCAAAUUAUUGAAACUGGAAUGAAUGAGAUUGCAUAUCUCUCUUGCAGUUAGAAGUGCAGUUCAUCAUUUUCUAUAGUAUGUUGCUCUCUUCACUGCAUAAUGGGAGUUUGCAUUAGAAUCAGUGAAAAGUGCGUAUUUGUAUGUGAACUUUUUUCAUUCAAGUGUGUGUCUUGUCUCAGGUUGAAACUUUUGUUUUUCAUCUUCUUCUUUGUCUAUUUGUAUACAUGUGUUGUGCAAAUGCAUGGAGGAGUAUAUUUAUGUGUUUGUGUGCCUGUGCAUGUCCUUGUUCUUGUUUGUGAGUGUUUUUGUUUCAUUAUUAUUAUUAUAUAUUAUCUUUUUUUUUUUUGUCAGAGCUCAGAUUUUCAAAGGUCCUUCUGGUCCCAGUAUUAUGUAAUGCUUGGUUUUAGCUCAUUAAUAUUAAAGUCUGCAAGUUGCAAGGAUUGACCGUUUCACUACAUUAUCUUCUUGUAUGUGUAUGAAAUGUGAAAAGGGGAGGUUGAUUAAACUUAAGACAUCUUUAGAACUAUUUUUUUUUUGUUACUUGAAAAUAGAAAAAAUAAUUGAAGUUAUUAUUAUAUUUUGUAUCAUUGUUAUUCUUAUUUUUCAAUUAUCAUUAUUAUCAUUAGUUGUGGUAGUUUUUUUUUCUAGUUUAGGGUAAAAAAAAAUUUGGUGCUUCAAUUUGAUUUUGUAUUAUGAUUUUUGAGAAAUCCUAAGUUUUAUGAUAGUUCCAUUCUUUCAUUUAAGAUUUUUUAAAGGCUUGUGUAAAAAUGGUGCACAUUAACAACUUCUUUUUUAAUUUUGUUCUUUUUGCCUUUCUGCAUAUUUAUAUAGCAGUAGAUUAAGACACAUUUUGAGCUAUUUCAGUAUAUUUAGGGUACAGAUGGGUGUGUUACCAACAAUAGCUAUAAUGUUUAUAAGAGUUUGAUACCUUUUUCAUUGCAUUGUACAAAUGUCAUGUUUUAUACUUUACUUAACUACCAAAUUUAUUAUUAUCUUUUUUCCUUUGUUUGUUGAAUCUUAUUUUCCUUUUUUGUUUGUUUAUCUGUACUUUUUACCAAAUCUGCUUGAAGGAGCUAGAUGUCCCCACAG